AUGUUCAUUAAAACCCAGAACGAGCACAGGAGCCUGGUGUCGUGCUCUGGGGUGGGCUCUGUCCCCCUGUCCCUAACCCGGGUCCUCUCAACCCCACAGAUAAUCCGCGUGCAGUCGCCAGAAGGAGUGAAGCGCAUCACGGCCACGAAGCGAGAAACGGUGGCGACGUUCCUCAAGAAGGUCGCGAAAGAAUUUGGUUUCAGGAAUAAUGGGUUUUCUGUCUACACCAAUAGAAACAGGACAGGAGAGAUCACAGCCUCACAAAACAAAUCCCUCAACUUACUGAAAAUCAAGCAUGGCGAUAUGCUGUUUCUCUACCCCUCGAGCCCGGCUGGCUCCUCCUCGGAGACCAUGGACACCUCUGUCUCCCAAGGCUUGCGGCCUGUGGGGGCCCCCCAGGUGGUGGAAGAUGAGAUCGACCAGUAUCUGAUCAAACAGGAUGGGAAGAUUUACCGAAAUCGAGACCAGCAGCUGUGUCGCCACGGCCCCUUGGGUAAAUGUGUGCAUUGCGUACCGCUGGAGCCUUUUGAUGAGGAUUAUUUAAACCAUCUGGAACCUCCUGUGAAGCAUAUGUCCUUCCAUGCCUACAUCAGGAAGCUGACCGGAGGGGCAGACAAGGGGAAGUUUGUUGCCCUGGAAAACAUCAGCUGUAAGAUCAAAUCGGGCUGUGAAGGGCACCCUCCUUGGCCAGAAGGCAUCUGCACAAAGUGUCAGCCAAGUGCCAUCACUCUCAAUAGGCAGAAAUACAGGCAUGUUGACAACAUCAUGUUUGAGAACCACACAAUUGCAGAUCGCUUCCUCGACUUCUGGCGGAAGACAGGAAACCAACACCUCGGGUACCUCUACGGCCGGUACACGGAGCACAAGGACAUCCCGCUGGGGAUCCGGGCGGAGGUUGCUGCCAUCUAUGAACCCCCACAGAUUGGUACGCAGAACAGCCUGGAGAUCCUGGAAGAUCCAAAAGCUGAGGUUGUGGAUGAGAUCGCUGCAAAGCUUGGACUCAGAAAGGUUGGCUGGAUAUUCACUGAUCUGGUCUCUGAAGACACACGGAAAGGGACUGUUCGAUACAGCAGAAACAAGGACACGUAUUAUCUAAGUGCGGAAGAGUGCAUCACAGCUGGAAACUUUCAGAACCAGCAGCCCAACAUCUGUCGCCUUUCUCCAGAUGGUCAUUUUGGAUCCAAGUUUGUCACAGUUGUGGCUACAGGUGGUCCCGACAACCAGGUCCACUUCGAGGGGUACCAGGUCUCGAAUCAGUGCAUGGCGCUGGUGCGGGACGAGUGCUUGCUGCCCUGCCGAGAUGCGCCAGAGCUGGGCUAUGCCAAGGAGUCCAGCAGCGAGCAGUACGUGCCUGAUGUGUUUUACAAGGAUAUAGACAAGUUUGGCAACGAGAUCACACAGCUGGCUCGCCCGCUGCCGGUCGAGUACCUAAUCAUAGAUAUUACUACAACUUUCCCUAAGGAUCCAGUCUACACUUUUUCUAUUUCUCAAAAUCCAUUCCCCAUCGAGAACCGUGAUGUGCUGGGAGAAACUCAGGUAAGGAGUGAUUCCUAACAAAGCUGCGGUUUAACGCAGACGACCCGUCUCUCUCACACCGUAUCUGCCAAGGGACGGCUGCAGCCGUGCCCUUAAAUCACCCCUUGGCCGUUCAGCCCGGCGCUUGCCAAACCCUCUCCCAGCGUCUGCAUGCCGAUGAGGCGG